AUGAAGGAAGAGAUGUGGGAGCACUUAGCUUCACUGACAGAGUAUCCAGGAAGGGUGAGCUGUGAGGACGCGCCGGUGCAUGGCGCGUGUUUUGAAGCCGCUUGUGGAGAAAUGUCCUGGGCCGAAACACAGGUGAACCUUCCAGUAGAGCGUCUGACUGUGUCCUACAGCAGAAGCAGUGGUCCUGGAGGUCAGCACGUCAAUAAAGUUAGCACUAAAGCAGAAGUCCGAUUCCACGUCUACACGGCGGACUGGAUCCCUGAAGCUGUUCGCCUGAAAGUCAUAGAACAGAAUAAAAACCGUAUCACUAAGGCUGGGGAGCUAGUGGUGACCUCGGAGGUGAGCAGGAGUCAGCAGAGGAACCUCUCCGACUGUUUGCAGAAGAUCUCGGCCAUCAUAGCCGAGGCCAGCCGCAGACCCCCUGAACCAUCCGCUGAAGACUUGGUUCUGAGAGCAGCUCGAAUCGAGAAGAGGAACAAAGAGCGACUGAAAGAGAAGAAAAUCCUUUCAGCUGUCAAGAAAAGCAGACGAGUGGAUUUCGACUGACCGGAACAAGAUUGGGCCGUCGUUUGGUAAAUUGUAGUUUAAACCCAGCAGCCGCUUU